AUGUAUUCGAAAAAAUCACCAUCUUUACGAAUAGAUCAAAAUGAUCUCAAAUGUAAAAGUGGGUGUGGAUUUUAUGGCAAUGCUCAGUGGGAUGGAUAUUGUUCAAAAUGUUAUCGAGAACAUCAACAGAAAGAUAGACAAAAACAAGAAUUGCACGUUCAUAAUAAAAGUAAACAAUCCACAUUAAACUUUCAAAGCGAUAAGCAAAAGAAAAUUAAGUUUUCUAAACUAAAUGUGUUUCGAAAGUCUUCUAAUGCAAAAGAUUUAGCAAGAGCUGAACCCAAUGAAAAAGUUCAGUGUGAAUUUGUACAGCAAUCUAAUCCUGAUCUUGAAAAGCUGGAUAAAGAAUUUCGCUCAACCUUCGCUAAAAAUUUAACACCAAUUGCUGAGCGUGAUGUUCAUAAAUAUCUCCAAGCAUUGUACAAAGGUGUUAUAAAAGCACCUGAUAUAUCACAAGCUGAGGAAUUUGUUCAGAACUGUUAUCAGUUAUUUGAGAAACAAAUUCAUGAAAGCAGUUAUUACAAAAUGUUGACACAAGAAACUAAAGAAAGCUUACUAGAUUUUUUUGAAAAAUAUGCCACCACAUAUUUGUAUAAAUUAUUAUUUUGUCCACCAUCUACAACUGAUGAAGAAAAGGAUUGGGCUAUUCAGGAAAGAAUUCGACAGUUAAAUUGGGUAACUUCAAAACACCUGGAUUGCCACAUUGAUCAAGGAAAUGCAGAAGUUAUUGAACUGGUUUAUACUGCCAUAACUGAAUUGAUUAGCAUGGAUUCUGUAAAAUCACCUCAAGAAAAGUUAAACUGUAUAGUUCGGUGCUGCAGAAGCAUUUUUAUGUUAUUGCAGACAGCAUAUGAUGGACCUGCAUCUGCAGAUGAAUUUUUACCUGUUUUAAUAUUUAUAGUUUUAAAAGCUAAUCCAACUAGACUUAAGAGUAAUAUAAAUUAUAUAACCAGAUUCAGCAAUGCUUCAAGGCUAAUGUCUGGUGAAGGUGGCUAUUAUUUUACUAACUUAUGUUGUGCCGUGUCAUUCAUUGAAAAUUUAGUUGCCGAUUCAUUGAACAUGACUGAGCAACAGUUUGAUGCGUUCAUGAAUGGUCCAUGUAGAGGUGAUGGGCAGUGGGAAGCAGCUUUAACAAUGUGUGAAGCAUUGCAUUGUGGAGCUCAACAUCUAAAUGAUCUAAGCAACCUGAAUAGUAGAUCAGUAAAAGUUUCUGAUGGGUUGAAGGAAUUGAAAAUGCAACUAGAAAAAUUUGAACAAGACAUUACUACAAAAGUUGCAGCUAUUAUAGCUCGAACUCCCUUUGUAAUACCAAUAAAAAAUGCAGAAACAGAUGAAAAGCAAAUGGAAACAAAUAUUAAGAUAGAUGAACUAAAGACGGAUCCACAACUUUCUGAUAUAGAGUUUUCAGAGAAACCUAAAAAUAUUGACCCAUUAAAACAAUCCACUCCAAAAAUUGUUACUGAAAAUAGUGAAGAUAAAAACUCUCAAGAUUACUUGACUCCCAUAAUUAAUACGUUAUCUAAUAGUUUGAUCAUUCAAGAAAAUUAUAUACCACCAAAUCUGAAAACAUCAACAUCCAUUGAAUAUUUAUCUCCAUCACCGGUAUUUGGUUUCAAGUCAUAUGAUACACAAUCUUUGGAUGAGUUAGCAACUCCUGAUGAAAUGAGCAACUUUUUGCAAAAUAUAAAUUAUGAUAUUGAUUUGUCUGAUUACAGUAAUGAUAAUAGUGCUACAGAAGAUUUAGAUGCAAGCUUUUUCAAGUCAACAAGCGAUAUAUUAGGCAACAAAGAGUUAACACUAGACGAUAAUUCUUCAAGACUUAACAACCAACCAGACAUGUGCAAAACUUUAACUCACAAGGAUUAUGUUGAAUUUGAUCCACUGGCAAAUGGAGAUUAUAAGGCUACAUGUUAUUCAAAAAAGCCAAAUAAUGAAUGCAUUUUUGAUAGCAAUGAUUCUCCUACCACUGAUAGCUUGUUGCCUUCUCCAAUUAAACCCACAAAAGAUAUUAUGUUGCCAAUGCAGAAACAAAUAAAUGAGAAUACUAAUGAUAAAGUCAAUUCAUUGGCUAACGCAAAAGAUAUCAUGCCCAAGCAAAAUACACCAGUUUUGCCAAUGAGUCCUAGUGAUAGCAUUCUUUGAAUCAUUUAAUGCCACAAUUUAAGAUUGUUCUUAAAUGUUAUGAACUUUUUAGAAAUUCUUGGUGCUAGUCUUAUUAUUUAAUAAUUUUAAAACUACU